ACAGCCCAUCAGCUCCAGUAAAUGUCACAGUCAAACACCUGAAAGCCAACUCAGCCGUUGUGACUUGGGAUGUUCUGGAAGAUGAAGUUGUCAUUGGAUUUGCGAUUUCCCAGCAGAAGAAGGACGUGCGGAUGCUGCGCUUCAUCCAGGAGGUGAACACCACCACCCGCUCCUGUGCCCUCUGGGACCUAGAGGAGGACACCGAGUACAUUGUGCAUGUCCAGGCCAUCAGCAUCCAAGGCCAGAGCCCUGCCAGUGAGCCAGUCCUCUUCAAGACCCCCAGGGAAGCUGAGAAACUAGCCUCUAAAAAUAAAGAUGAGGUGACAAUGAAGGAGAUGGCAAAGAAAAACCAGCAGCUGCGAGCGGGGGAAGUUCUCAUCAUUGUUGUGGUGUUGUUUAUGUGGGCAGGGGUGAUCGCCCUGUUUUGCAGACAGUACGAUAUCAUCAAAGACAAUGAGCCAAAUAACAGCAAGGAGAAGGUGAAGAACGCCUCGGAGAACAGCACCCCCGAGCACCAGAGCGGAGGGCUCCUGCGCAGCAAGUUUCCAAAAAACAAGCCCUCAGUGAAUAUCAUUGAAGCAUGA